AUGAAGAUACUGAUUCUUCUGGGGACUAUCUUCCUCCCUGUGGCAGUCCAUGGCAAAGUCAUGGAAAGAUGUGAGUUAGCAAGAAUCCUCAAGAAGUAUGGCAUGGAUGGUUACAAUAGUAUCAGCCUGGCCGACUGGGUGUGCUUGGCAAAGUGGGCGAGCAAUUAUAACACAAAAGCUAAAUACCGCAACGAUGUAGAUGGAGGCACUGAUUAUGGGAUAUUUCAGAUCAACAGUUUCUACUGGUGCAAUGAUGGCAGGACACCUGGAGCUAUGAAUGGAUGCGGCAUGUCAUGCACAGAUGUUAUGACAUAUGACAUCAUCAAAUCUAUAAAAUGUAUAAGGAGGAUUGUCCGUGAACCCAAAGGCAUUCGGGCAUGGUUGGCAUGGAAAAACCGUUGUCAAGGAAGAAAUCUUUCCAUAUAUCUCCAUGGUUGCAAACUUUAAAAUGCUGGAUUUAAAUUCUUCUGCUUAUCUGGAUCCCUCUUCAUAUGAAAUAGCUUUUCAAGUGAAAUGUCGU